AUCAAACCCCGUUUCGACCUUCGCGUUCUCUAUCGCUCCCUUAUUCCCGCUCCCCCACUGGGACCGAGCCCAACCGGCGAUGCUCCGACACCACCCCGCCCGGCGGCGCCACGCCUACGGCCCCCAGCUUUGCGCCGCCUCCGCUGCCCUCCUCAUCCUCCUGUCCCUCUUCGUCCUCCACUCCCGCCUCUCCUCCUCCCCCUUCCCCCUCGGCCUCGGCCUCCGCUCCGUCCUCCCCGGCGGCUCCGACCAUUCCUCCUCCUCCGAUCGCGCCCCCCUCUUCGAUGACGCCGACAACGACGCCUUCGAUGGCGCCGCCGACGACCGCAUCGACGAGCUCGACGUCCUUGACGAAGACGACGACCAGCAGCGCCGCCGCUCCGCCGGGGAGGAGGACGAGAUCCUCCGCGCUUUCGGUGCGGGCCUCGACGACGACGGCGACUCCGACGAGGCGGACCUCCCCCGGACCCCCCGAUCCGGCCUCUUCUGGGACCACGCCCUCGGCGUGGCCCGCCAGUCCUUCGGCAAGCCGGAUCCCCACCGUCCCUACGAUCCGUGGGGAGACGACGCCCCGCCGGAGGAGCUCCGGCCGUCCGACCGGAGCAAAAUCGCGUUCGGAUCGGAUGACCAGCCGGUGGAUGAGGAUCUCCGGCUGAAGAUGGACUCGAUCCGGAGGAUCGAAGAUGCCCUAUUGCUCAAGGCGAGCUCCGGCGGCGGCGGCGGCGGUGAGUCCCCACUCCGGGAGGGGUGGGCGCGAUGGUUGGAGGGGAAGGGAGAUUUUCUACGGCGAGACAAGAUGCUCCGAUCGAACCUCGAGCUGUUGAAUCCCAAGAACCAUCCUUUGCUCCAGGAUCCAGACGGGUUGGGACUUACAGUCCUCACCAAAGGGGAUAAAAUGAUGCAGAGAAUGCUCUUAACGGAGAUGGAGAAGAGUCCUUUUGGAAAGGGUGGAGGCAUGGAAACUAAUAAGGGAGCAGAGAGGAAAACUCUUCAUUUGGAGGCGAAGAAGAGGCCGCAAAGGGUUCCAGAGGGACGGAGAAGGAGGACUGCUUUGAAGGAGGACCAGCAUUAUGCUGAUGGUCGGCGAUGGGGGUACUUUCCAGGAUUGGACCCAAAUUUGACGUUCUCUGAGUUCAUGGAUCAGUUUCUCCGGAGUGGAAGAUGUUCAAUGAGGGUUUUUAUGGUGUGGAACAGCCCACCUUGGACGUAUGGCAUCCGGCACCAGAGGGGGCUGGAGAGUCUUCUGCAUCACCACAGGGAUGCUUGUGUUGUGGUGUUCUCGGAAACAAUGGAACUGGAUUUCUUCAGAGAGUUUGUUAAAGAUGGAUUCAAAAUUGCAGUUGCUAUGCCAAAUCUCGAUGAACUUUUGAAGGAUACUCCAACCCAUAUUUUUGCUUCUGUCUGGUUUGAAUGGAGGAAGACAAAACACUAUCCAAUCCAUUAUAGUGAGCUAAUACGUCUUGCUGCUCUGUACAAAUAUGGUGGUAUAUACCUUGAUUCUGACAUUCUAGUUCUAAACCCUUUACAUUCACUUGAAAAUUCUGUCGGUGUUGAGCAUCAAGCAGCUGGGAUUUCAAUCUUUAAUGGUGCAGUGAUGGCUUUCAGAAAGCACAGUCCUUUUGUGAUCGAGUGCCUGAGAGAGUUUUAUUCAACUUAUAAUGAUACCCUUUUAAGGUGGAAUGGAGCUGACCUCCUGACAAGAGUGAUAAACAAGUUCUCUGCAGCUAAAUCAUACAGACAGCUGGACAUAAAGAUGGAACCUCCUUUUAAAUUUUUCCCAAUAAGUUCCAUGAAUAUCACAAGGUAUUUCAUGGCACCAACUGAUGAUUCUGAGAGAGCCCAGCAAGAUGCUCUCCUUACAAGGAUGCUGAAUGAAUCAAUCACAUUUCAUUUCUGGAAUGGCUUAACUUCUGCACUAGUUCCGGAACCAAACAGCAUUGUGGAAAGGCUUCUAAACCAUUACUGCCUCCGUUGUUUUGAUGUGUUUUGACUUUUAGUGGACAACCCGAUGUUCGACCUCAUUUUGCUUUAGCACAAGCAGCUGUCCAUUAUAAAUAACAUACGCAAAAUGAAGUUGUUCCCUCGGUGCUGAAAUCAGAGUAGUGGGUUUGAAACAUGAAAAUCAGUGGGCAGUUCUCUCUUCGAAUUGCUGAACCAAGGAACUCAAAGGCAGCAUGUUAGGUGAAAUUGAGGAAAUCAGUGGUUCGGCACUUGGCACCAGUUGGUGGAAGAAGUCGAAAAAGAUCGAGGAAUUAUAGUGUAUCAUAGUUUAUCCUAAUCAAAGAAGCUCUUGGCUUGAUCCUGAUGAAAGUCAACCAGAGAAAACUGCCAACAGGAAACGUGUCAGCUGAAUAAGGUAUUGGAUGUGAUAGGCUACUUGCCCGGUUAGGUUCAAGAGGAAGUUGGUGAAGCGUCAUGCUAACCAGUCUUUUGUCUGAUUUGUUAACUGCUAUAGAGUUGUGCUAUGACUCUAUGCCCAACUAGAAAAGUAGAUGACUUGUAGUCUUAUUCUAUUGGAUAGUCCUGGGUUGGUUGGCUUUCUUAUAAAUAUAUUAUUCAAGAUAUAUUCAUUUCUUUUUUAGGAGAUUUUGAGUGGAGUACAUGUUUGUAAGCUCAAAUUGGCAUACCCAAGGUUUCAUUCGUGAAUACUGAUUUGCAUACUUUGUGUCCAUUAAUAUAUCUUUAUUUUUAUAAAAAUGUUUUCAGGUUUAUGAUCA